GAUGAUGAAUAUAUAAAUUUUUUGUGUUGAAUGAGAGCUGAUUGUGUGCGAUUGAAAAAUUGUACGGGAAAGAAUUUUAAUGGAAAAAGUCAAGAGAUGCAAAAUGUUCAACCGUGUGAUGUCAGUGCCAGUGAGAGAGAAAGAAGAAAAGUGUAAGAAAUAAGUGGAGUGAAAAAAGGAAAAUGUGACAAAUUUUUGUCUAGUUGGCAUUUUUAUGACAAAGAACGAACGCGCGGAAGAUAAUGUUAAAAAAAAACUAUAGAAGCCUAUUCAAUGAUUAAUUUGAUCCAAACCAUAUUUUACUUAUGAAAUUGCGAUGCAUAACGAAAUACCUAUCAAAAUGGUGUACAAAUUGAAAAUUUAAUCAAAGCAAAAAAAAAGAAAGAAAUGGAAACGAAUUGAAAAAUAAAAAGUAAGUGGAUGGCUAAUGGUCAUAUAAUUAUGACCAUGUUAUCGUAACAUAAAUUUAUUAAGAGAGAAAAAAAGUGAACUACAUGGAAGCAAAGUUCAAUGGUCAUGCGCCGAGAGGCCAGCCAAUUUAUUUUGCCAUCAAAGGCCAUCUGUUUCGUAAGAAUGCCGAUUCAGGCGCCACAGUGGACAGAAUUUUUGUCUUGUCCGGUAUGCUGCCAUCAGUUUGCAGUGAAACUUCGUCCUCCAAUUAGUUUAGGAUGUGGUCACACCAUAUGUAAAACAUGUUUAGCGAAUUUACAUAGAAAACAAUGCCCAUUUGACCAAGCUGCAAUAAUCACAGAUUUAGAUAAUUUACCAAUAAAUAAUGCACUUUUACAAUUAGUAAGUAAUAACAAUUUAACACAAAAAGAGCCGACUUCCUCGAAUGCAACCGAAACUUGUUUGUCCUCAACAAUCCACACAUCAUCGCAAGAGACGGAGAAUUGUUCAUCGUCCGCGGCUGGUUCGACUGUUUGCGAUACAGAACCAUUGUGGGGCAGUGUUCGAAAACUAACUGCCGAACAAUUGGAAUGCUAUAAUAUUUCGAAAAAAUGCAUCGAAGAUUUGGCAUUGUAUUUAAAACCGUUCAACAAUGGCAACAUCACAAGCCUAUUGUCACGGCCAAUGCAACGAAAAUUGGUAACGCUAAUCAAUUGCCAAUUGGUUGAAGCUGAAGGUCGGAGUCGUGCAUUGCGUGCCGCUCGUUCGCUUGGCGAACGAACCGUUACUGAGCUCAUUUUACAACAUCAAAAUCCACAACAGCUGAGUGCCAAUCUAUGGGCCGCCGUACGUGCUCGCGGAUGUCAAUUUUUAGGACCUGCAAUGCAGGAAGAAGUACUUAAACUGGUGCUGUUGGCAUUAGAAGACGGUUCGGCUCUAUCUCGUAAAGUGUUAGUUAUGUUUGUUGUUCAACGUCUCGAACCACAUUUUCCGCAAGCAUCAAAAACAAGUAUCGGCCAUGUCGUGCAAUUGUUAUAUCGUGCCAGCUGCUUUAAGGUAUCAAAACGCGACGGUGAUUCGUCACUUAUGCAAUUGAAAGAAGAAUUUCGAACAUACGAAGCAUUACGGCGUGAACAUGAUGCACAGAUUGUUCAAAUUGCUACCGAAGCUGGUCUUCGAAUUGCACCCGAUCAAUGGUCGGCUCUGUUAUACGGUGACACCGGCCAUAAAUCCCAUAUGCAAAGCAUCAUUGACAAAUUACAAACACCACAGUCAUUUGCUCAAUCCGUUCAAGAGUUAGUUAUUGCAUUGCAACGCACCAACGAUCCGGCAAAUUUGGCCGGUUUGCGAGCACAUUUGAAGCAACUAACAAACAUUGAUCCAACGGCUGAAAAUGAUUCGUGGCAAGAAUUGGCCGCCUCAUUGGAUGCCGUCAAACAAGUUGUUAUUGGUUUGGUGGAGUUUGUUCAACAUCAUGGCAAUCGAAAAUUACAAGAUAAUAGCUAUGUGGCACACAAUGGCAAAUAUAAAAUUAGCAUGUGCCGUGAUCUAUCUAUGCGGGCCAUUUGCCCACGCGGUGCCAGUUGUACAUUUGCACAUUCGGAAGAAGAGCUGGAAAAGUAUAGAGCCAAAAAUCGUAAACUGCAUGCUAAGACACCAAUCAUCGCUAGCACUAAUCAUCUGAAUGUAGAAUCAACCGAUUAUUUAACCGAUCACAGUCACAACAGCAACUAUACCUAUAUGUCAUCAUCAAAUGAGGACAUAUCCCCGCAAAGACAUAAUAACAAUGAAAAACUACCUCGUCCGGCUAUGAUAUCAGGUGCGCUGGUACAACAAUCUCAAUUCGAGCAUGGAAUGUAUAAAAAGUCACCAGUUCCAUUGGCACAGCAGAGCCCGAAUUUAAAAGGUUCCACAAUUCAAAUUGGCAAAUCAUCGAUCAACUCUUUGCAUCCUUCGACAUCUUUCGAUCCAAAAUCCCAACGUCGUUCCUUCAAUGCGCAACAAAACCAAAAUUAUUCAAUUUCGCCUAUGAGUAUACCACCGCCACCACCUCCACUGCCUUCAAUUCAGUCACAUAUGUAUGCCGGCAGCAAUCAGGAUAAUCGAUCUCAUUUGGAUUCUAUGAAUUCAAGACAUUAUACGCAGCAAAAGUAUCAACCGAAGAUUCCGAUCAUUUACUCCUCACCAACGAACUACCCGCAACAACCGCAUGCAUCUGGCAAAUUUACUAUGAACGAGGCUUAUAAUAAGCCAUACAUCAAAGCAACAAUGUCACCGCAUAUGAGAUCACCGCAACAUCCAAGCCAACAACAACCAACUAAAUAUCAUAUGGACAAUAGUAACAGUGUUAACAAUAAGAUUGAUCUUAAACCGAAAUAUCAACAGAAAUUGCAAUUUUCAUCAACAAAUAACAAUUACCAAUAUGGUGAUUCAUCGAUGAAUGAUAUUCGAAUGCUUCAAAGCUUGGAAAUGAGACGCCAAGAAAUAAUAGCUAAACUAAAACAAUAUGAUAAUAACUUGAAACAAACAACGCAACAAGCUGUGAACGGAAACAAUAAUGCAUACCAUGUAUCAAAUCAAGUAGCACCGACAACGAACGAUCAAAGCAAAAAUAAUAAUAGUUCCAAUAGCAUCAAUAAUAAUGAUGCGACCAUCAGUGCGACGAAUCCGAGUCAUUCACAUGUGAAAAGUGAUUUAAUCAACAAUUAUUGGAAUAAUACAAUUGCUGGCAAUGAAUUUGGUUAUCAAAAUACACUACAACAGCCACAAAAUAAUAGUAGCAAUCGUUCGCCGGUUGAAUUGGCCUACGCCAAUCCGAUUCUAUGUGAUAACCAAAACCAAAACUCAAACUCUGACAUGAGUCGUGAUAUGUUUGUGCGAUCGGAUUCAAUACUAACCGACGAUGAUUAUGUGCCAUUUGAUGCACCGGCACAAAGUAAAUACGGACCUAUUUCACGAAUGUCGGCCAAAACGUCACCGUAUUCGACAGGAUUAUCAAGUGAUAAUUUAACUGUACCGAAUACGACAACCGCAUCGUCAACCUUAACCGAUCCAUCAGUAUGGCUCUAUAAUAAUUUGCAAAAAUCACCAAAUCAGUACGGCUACCAAUCGAAUGAUAUAAAUCCAAUGAUGAACGAAAACAUCACAAGAGAUGGAUUCGGACCAAUCAACACAUGCACCAAUGAUGACGAACAAAACAUACUGACAAUGGAAUUGAAAUUGAUUGAACAGAAAUUGAUGGGAAGCUCGAAUAUCGCAUCCACCGACAUGAACAAGUUUACAUCGUCCACAUCAUCGCAAAGUUCAAUUGAACAAUUUCUAUGGAGUCCGUCAAAUGUUGUGGUAUCGCCUGGAAACCAGUCAAAUCAACUGCUUAUGAAAUUCUGGAACAAUCCAAAACAUCAUCAUCAACAACAGCAGCAACAGCAACAACAAGCCCAACAGCAGCAGCAGCAACAACAACAGCAAACCGGUUGCCAUAAAACCGUGACAUCAAUGCCAUCAGUUGGUCGAAAUGCAAAAAUGAGCGGUCAGCCCAUCGUUGGCUAUAAUCAAAAUCCAUGUGACGAAACAACAAACGAACCGAACGAAUUAGAUGCUAAAUUAAAUGAAGUCCAUUCGCCAAAUCGCGACUAUAAACAGGCUAACAGUAGUAAUAACACAAACAAUUUGACUAUUGUGCAUUCAACAGCGCCAAAAGACUUUGGCUGUGAUGAUACAUACGAAGAUGGAAUCGAUAAAGAUAUGCGGGACUUGGAACGGCGCUUAGAAUCCGAAUUAGAAGAGCAUGAAAAGCUUUGGUCACCGGAAGAAGAAACGCCAAUAUCACAAACAUAAAUACAAAUUAUUUUUUUUUCUUUAUUUUUGUGUGUUUCGUUAUCAAUUUGUCAUUGAUCCCAAAAUAAUGACACACAUUAAUGAAACGUUUUGAAUCGAAACGUUUACGUAGUGAUUUGACGGAGAGAUAGACAAAAAUACAUGCAACCAACAAUAACAAACAAACAAAAAAAAUGAAAAACUAUCAGCAAUUUAUAUACUAAAUCAAGCUACUCAAAAGAUACACGUAAAAAAAAGCACGAGAAAUUCUAAAUUAUGGAAAUUAUUGGGCAAUAUGAAACAUGUACUCUCUCUCAAACAGCUCAAUAUUUCCGAGAUAUCAUAAUUAUUUGAAGACAAAAAAAAACACACAAAUAUUUCGACAAUUUAACAUGAAAUCUAGUUUAAAUCAGUGUUUAGACGAUGUGACGAGAUACACGAUUUCUAAUAUUCAAAUGGUGUAUUGUAUGGAUGAAAAUUGAUGUGAUUGUGAAUAUAUAAAAAUCCGAGUACGUUUUUUGUUGUUGUUGUUCGAUUUUUCGAGCAUAAAAUUACUCCACCGCUGAAAUAUGCGGACAUUUAAUGAAAAAAAAAAUUAUUUCAAACUAUUCAGAUAAUUCUAAAAAAAAAACAAACAUUUCAAGCAAAUUGAAAGAAAAAAAACAGAAGAAUGAGGAAGAAGCUAGCAAACAGAAAAAAAAGAAAUUUUUUUAACAUUUUUUCAUCAUAAUUUUCGCCACUAGUAAACUAUACGUUACAUGUAUAUUAUAGUUUUUUUUAUAUAAUUUCGAUUGAUGAAAAUCAGUGAUAAGAUAUUUUUUUACCACAAAUCACCAAUCUAAAUAUAUUAUAACAUUUUAAUUAUAUAACGAACGGGGAUGUGUUCGAUAAUGAAAACAGUGGAAUUAUCAAGAGAAAAAAAAACAAGAUAAAUAGGAUUAUCGAACAAAUGAAAAAAAAAAGUGAGGUGACAUGAGACCGAAUUAUCAACUGAUUUUUCCCCCUUAACUGAAUCCAGUAUUUUUUUUAGUCAAUUUAUCGUGUGAGUUUAUCAGGAAAAAAAGCACAAUCACAUCAGAGGUAUAUGAAAACCUUACUCAGAUUGAUCGAAAUUAUUUUGUUCUUAUCUUCUUCUUCUUUUUUUGCUUUUGAUUUUAUCGUCGAUACGAUAGUAUGUAUAUUAUUUACUGUUUAGCCCCGGUGUGGGGCGAAAGAUAUGUGUAAAUAUCUGUACAAAACAUUAUUGCUGUGGUAAAUACAAAUCCAUUUACAGGAAUCGACUAUUUGUAUUUAAAGACCAUUUAAUUCAUUAAUUAGUUUUGUUGAAUGCUUUUUAAAAAAAAACAAAAUUAUAAUCAAAGCCACAGCUAGAUGUUUUUAAUUUUGUUUAUUUUUCGCAUAUUUUUUUUUUCAAAUUACAAUAUUAUGUUGUGUAAUUUAGUCCCAUUAAUUUGUUCUUUCAAUUGACUGAUGAUAUAUGCUGGGCAAUAGAGAACGUUUGAAAUCAAAAAAUAUUUUUAUAUAUAUAAUUUGCUUCGCAAAAUUUUUAAAGUUUCAUUUCUUAAAAAAAAUAAAAUCAACAACACUUUUUUUAAAUUGUAAACUUUUGAGAGACGAAAAAAAAAAUCAAUUUUAAGGAAGAAAGAUAAAUUGUUAUAAACAAUCGUCACCCGAAUGGAGAGAAAACCGAAGAGAUGAAAAAGUAUGAAUCAACUAAACGAAUUGCCUAAAUACCUUUAUUAAUUUUCUCUUUCCUCUCUUCUUGUUCAUUUCAUUUGUUUUAACGUGUCUAUUCAUAAAAAGUAAACAAAAAAAGAGACAAAAAAAAAACAUGAAUAAAAAAUUGCAACAAUUUAGAUUAUAUUAUUAUAUCGAAUGUCUAUAAAAGAAUAUAUUUAUUAAUUAACAUAACGUUUAAACAAGAAAACAUAUUGUAAUAAAGACACUUGCAUAAGAACUGUUUUAUUCACAUUGAAUAAGAAGUAUAUGGCGACCCGCAUAACAUACAUAUACAUACAUAUGAAUAAAAUAAAACUGAAUACUUAUUUUUUAAACAAUUCAUUAAAACAAAUCAAAUUAGAGAAAUUAUUACACAGAAAAAAAACGUUGUAUGCUAUUGAAAAUUAGAGACGACAAACUGGGCA